UUGUCAGUCUCGGCAGCCCGGCGCAGGGGAGAGGCGCAGUGCCUGUGAUCGUUUAACAGAGCCGCGGAAUAUAGACAAUUUAUUAACGUAUGCUCGUUAAUUCUUUCCUGACGUCAUUGUGAACAACAACCGCAGGCAUCGGAAUGCUUCAGAGGAUUAAUUAAACGGACAUCGGAGUUGAAAUCGCGACUGAAGCUUUCCGAGUCAGGGGAUGAAGAGAGCCGCUGGAAGUGAACGGUGAUUUCUCUUCUCCUGGAUUAAACGGCGUACAUCCAAUACCCGCACCUGCUCUACAAUUGAAGGAAUAUCGCCUUAAACAUAACAGGGGCUUUACAGUAUGUUCCGUGAUGAAAUAUUAUAAUUGAUUGUAGACGCCAAAGUCCGUUCGCUGUUUGGAUUUAAGGACAUUCGCGAAUCGCAGUUUAUUUAAUUGGCGAAGCACUUAUUUAUUUAUCGAAUGCGUGUCAUCAGAAUAAACUGUCGUUUUUACUGGAGUUUGCAAUUUCCUAUUUAGCCUUACUCGGAGAUUAAUCCAGUAAGCACACGGGUAAAACAUCCUGAACGAUUGAAUCAUUUACGGUUGUUCAAAACGCAGUUAACGGAGCGCAGUUGACACGGCGGUUUUUUUUUUGUUGGGAACAUUUCCUCACUUUGGUCCGCUAACGUCUUUAACAAGAAGACAGAUCGGAUUCAUUAAAAACACGAUUUUUUACAAGUUAUUUUACAGCAAAUGAAAAUUUCCCAGCGGUCCAGCAAAAGAGGCUCUUUUUGGCUGACUUUUUACGCGCAUUUAAAACACAGAUAAAAAGGAAAUAAACUUUAUAACAAAUCGACAAAAUCUACCAGGGAUUACACAUCUUUGCUUCACCUGAGGACAGAAUGAGAGUUUGCUGAUUUUAUUUAAUUUUUAACCUCAUUCUGCUUUUUCCAUCGCUACGUCGUUCCCACAGACUCGUCGGCACAAACCUGCAUGGACAUCUAGUCAGCACCCCAGAGCGAUUUAUGGUCGGCCUCGGCAAACCAGCGGCUGUAAAAUUGUACCUGCGUCUGCGCAGUCAUGCUGGCCUGUUUGCAGAGGAGGCAGAAUCCUGCGCCCCAGCACGCCACAGCCGUCUGCAGCAGCAAGAGUCUGGAGGCAACGCAGCACAUCAACCGCAAAUGUGAGCAGACUGUCCCCAUGCCUUCCCCGCGCUACCCCAGCACAGCAGAGCUGGACGCCUACGCGCAGAAGACUGCCAACAGCCCGCUGUCCAUUAAGAUCUUCCCAACCAACAUCAGGGUCCCCCAACACAAGCACCUUAAUCGGACUGUGAAUGGUUACGACACCACCGGACAACGCUACAGCCCCUACCCCCACAUCCACACUGGAGGCUUCCAGGGUCUGCUAGCGAUCGUCAAAGUAUCAUCGUCAACCUCAUCAUCCUCAUCAUCCUCUUCAUCUUUCUUACCCUCCACAAAGGGCGUUCUCAAAAACACUGAGGGCAGGAGGACUAAGCUGUCUCCGGCACAGAUAGCGGUGGCACCUUAUCCGCCUCCAAACAGCAGCACUUUAGGUCAUUGCCACGGACAGAUUGUGUACCACACAGGUCCCCCCAAACCACUGGAGGCCACCACGCUGUCGGUUCCCCCUAACGUCACUGUGGCCAGCUCGGUGAUUCCCGUGGCUGGGGGCAGAGGACUGAAUCUCCCUCCUCAGUCUAACCUUCCCUCCAUCCAGAGCAUCAUUUACCAGAUCAACCAGCACUGCCAAGCCCAGGCUCUGCAGCAGGUGUGUCACAACGGGACGUCUACGGGACCUCCGAACCCGAGCCCAUCCAAACAGGGUUCCGUCAACACCUCAGGGGGGGCUUACGUCACCAGCGUGGCUCCGCAGGGAAACGUGGCCUAUUCAGGGACGCUGCUACCAGGACCGAAUGGGGAGGUGAUGAAAGCCGUGGUGUAUCCCGAAAGCAUGGACUACCUGCUGUGGCAGAAACAACAACAACAGCAGGCGAUGUUGAGGAUGUACAGCGGGGGAAGCGGUGGAGGAGGCGCUGUCAGCAAGUCGCCUGAGACCUGUGUCCCGGGAGGAUCCAUCAUGCUGGGUGGAGCCCAGUUGUCCUCUUCCAGAGGUUAUCCGAUGACGGCAAGUUCGAGCGGUGGGGGUGGGCUCGAAAAGGUCAGCUCCUCUCCAUUGAACUGCGUGGGGAUGCACGGGAACUUUUCGGUCGGGCAGUACUUCGCGCCCCCGUGGAACAGCGUCCUGGUUACGCCAGACAGCGACUGCUACAAUCCCCAAGAGUUGCCUGGAGGCACGAGCACAGCCGGACCGGCGACGGGGCACAGGGAGCUUGGAUUCGGCCAUCAUCACCAACAUCCUCAUCAUCACCAUCAUCAUCAUCACCACCAUCCUCAUCACCCUCCCAUAGACAGCACGGGUGGUCUGUGCUGUAGUCUGCCCAGUAAAAGUCUCUGUAAUACAUCAGUGUUGAGCGGCAGUCUCCAGUCGCUGGAAUAUCUGAUCAACGACAUCCAUCCGCCCUGCAUCAAGGAGCAGAUGUUGGGGAAAGGAUACGAGACCGUGUCCGUGCCAAGACUGUUGGACCACCAGCACGCACACAUCCGCCUCCCUGUUUACAGAUAAGAUGAGACGGACGAUGGGUCAGGCUGACCAACGUAAAGACCUGUUGGAAAAUCUUUAAUCAAAAACUGUGGAUAUGUUGCCAUUGCGGAUUGCCUGGAUUUGCAGUGGAAUUUGGUGAUACUGCUCCAAGCAGACUGGGGAGAUCUGGAUCAAAACAUGGUGAAUGAAUGCUGGAAAGCCAAUCUGUGCCUCUCGGCCCAGAGCUGAGAGAGUGGCUGGCUGGGAAAUGGAAUGUUGCAAGAUCCUAAACGUGGAUUCUGUGAUUCUUGGUUUUCUUUUUUUACCAGGAAGUUUUUAAAUCGUUUCUUUUGGUGAUUUUCCCCUUUUAAUUGUUUCAUCAGACUAAUAUGUUAUGUUUUGGGUGAGAGUCAAUGGUUUAUAUGAAGUGAAUAUGGUCUCUCCUUGCGAGUUUUAGAUUGAAUGAUGAUGAAGGUCUUAAAGCACCAUGGUUAAAUACAUGUGCUCAGUAAACACUGUAAUAGAAAAAGGCCACAUAACAGCAUCGCAAAGACCAAAAAAGCGAUAAGAUCAGUGCUUUUAUGUUAAUGGAUAUUUCAUUGAAUUAAAAAAGCUUAGCGGUAUGGAAUUAUGUUUUUUCAUAGAAAUUGCACUGCUUGGGGUGUAAACAUUUUGUGAGAGUACUAGGAGAUUGGAAAUUAGAAGUUGAAUAUAAUGUAUUUAAAGAACUUGAAGACUUGAACCUAUUUUUGUUGUUUUAUAUAUAUUUGUAGUUUAUAUAAUAUGCAUUGGCUGCUAAGGGAGUACGAGUGUAAAAUGCUUAGGUUUUUAAAUGUUUCGUUAAGAGUCUCUCAUUUUGAUUUUAGUCUCUUUUGACUGCAGUAUCAUUUCUGCUGUUCUCAUGGUGGAAUCGCCGCCAAGGGCCAAACAACAGAAUUCUCAUUUAUUUACUUACACACUGGAAUCCACAUUCUCCAAAAACGGCUCGGUUAGGCCGAUCAGGUAUUUUUGAGGUUCCUUUAAAUGGAACGUCAUAUAAUAUUCUGACAUGCCGAAAUGCUUUUAAAAUCUGGAAAUGAGCUGUAUGUUGUAGGAAUUCUUCAUUUCCGAGCGGAGGGUUUUGAUUGGUUCGGGAGCAAUUAACUCCUCCCUCACAGCUUUGAACCGUUAAUGCUAAUAAUAGAUAUCGCUGAGGGGAGUUAACCUAUGGAGGUGUCACUUGACCAUUCCUCUUUUAGAAACGAUGAAAACAAUCAUUGUGGUGCCUCUCUCAAACAGAGAGGAUGAGUGUUCACCUCGGCUCCGUGCUAGAGGUUUCGAGCAGGGUUGGGGCCGCUCGUAAGCUUUGUCUCAACACUGAAAUAUUUAUUCCGACUGUGACUUUCCUGUGAAUGUACUGCACUUAGAUUACUGAGAAGACUAAUGCCUUGUGGGACAGAGAGGGGGAAAUAAAGGAAAAUUGGAUGGGCACAGCGGUCCCCGGCGUUAAAUUAGCAUUUCUUUUGUCAGUCAAAUUUCACCGGUAAAUUGAAUUCAGAAACUCGAGAGAGGCAACGGGGGGGUUCUGUCGGAGGCAAGAGCUGACUACAGUCUAGAUUUAUGAAGUGCAAUUAUUAUGACUGUAUUAACAAUUUUGUUUUCUCUGAGCUUACACCAAAAAAAAUGUAAACUACAGCUGUGUCUACAUUCCCAAUGUACCACAUACUCAUUCCCUUCUUGUUUUGAGGUGCAAAAUAAACUGAUUUCAAGACUUUAUUGAAAAACCCA